AGGGACAUAUCCUCCAUUAAAACAAUAACAAGCAGAAUCCGCAAAGAUUAUAUUAAAAAUCUUUUUGUUUUCGAUGAAAAGAAAGAAUCCAGGUGCUCCCGUCCUGGGAGAAAUGAAGAAUCUGAAGCAGCGAUGCGUUAAUCAGUUUUUCAAAAGACAAACUGUCAAUAAUAGCGCAUCUACUAUGGACGUGAAUACACGGACUCAAAAGAAGGAGGACUGGAUUAAGAACUUGAAUGCUGAGCAGAAAAAACUGUUACAGCUUGAAAUCACAACUAUGGAUGACUCUUGGUUUAUGGCACUGAAGGAUGAGUUUUUGAAACCGUACUUUUUGCAACUGAAAAAGUUCUUGAUGACUGAAUGGCAAAGUCAACGAGUUUUCCCUCCAAAGGAAGACAUCUAUUCAUGGUCAAGACUUACGCCCUUAAACAAAGUUCGCGUAAUUAUUUUGGGACAGGAUCCAUAUCAUAAUGUUGGACAAGCACAUGGUUUGUCAUUUUCUGUACGUGCUGGCAUUCCCUGUCCGCCUAGUCUUAAAAACAUCUACAGGACGAUUAAGAACGAUUAUCCUGAUUUUGAAAUACCCAACACCGGCUACCUUGUACCUUGGGCCGAACAAGGUGUCCUCAUGCUAAACGUGAAUUUGACUGUACGUGCACAUCAGGCAAACUCGCAUGCUGGUAAAGGAUGGGAAUCUUUUACACAUGCUGUGUUACAGACUAUUUUGAAACGUCAUCCUAAAGGUCUUGUGUUCCUCGCUUGGGGAACACCAGCAGCUAACAGAUUGAAAAAUCUUUCCCUUGCAACUCACUGUGUACUCCGCAGCGUUCACCCCAGUCCCCUUUCUGCUCACCGUGGUUUUUUUGAGUGCCAACACUUCAAGAAGACGAAUCAAUGGCUAAAGGAGAAGUUUGGCGAGGAAUACUGCAUUGACUGGGGAGCAGUUUCUGGAAAGAAAAAGCAAGUGGCACCAAAAGAUGCUACUUUACCUACGGAAGUAAAAAAAGUUGUUACUGCAACAACUUCAAGCGAAACGACUAAAACAACGAUUGAGAAAACUUCCGUGAAGGUCACUAGCACAGACAAAGCAGAGGAUUUGAAGGCGACAGAGGAUUCGAAAGGCUCGGUUGUCGCUGAGAAGACCUCUGCAGAGUCUAAAACUGAAGAUACCCCGAAAGAACAGGAAUCAGAGAAUUAGGCACUUUAAUCAUUCAUAUGUACUACAAUAGAAAAAGCAAUUCGGCUCCCCGAAUUGCUUUUGUAGAUUGUUUUAUUUGUUUUAGUGAGUAUUGUUUAACGUUCAUUUAGACUGUGGGGUAAUGACGUCGUCGUCGGCUUGCGAUAUACCUGCCGA